UGAUUUGCAUGUUAGUGGGUAUCAAGUGGUGAGCAGGCACGGACUGACCAUUUGGAAACUCGGGCACUGCCCGAGGGCCCGGGGUCAGUAGGGGGCCCCAUGAGAUGCCCCUGGUACCUUUUUCAUAGGCUUUUUUGAGUUUGAGCAAGGACACAGGGGCCCCAUGAUCCCCUAUUGCCCGGGGGCCCCAGGAGUUGUCAGUCCGCCCCUGAACGAAAGUAAAAGAAAAUCACAAAUUUUGGGUUGUCACCAGAACAGGAAUAGAGGGGUUCCCUCGCUUUACAGGAAUUUCCUCUCACUU